CAAAAUGGCUUCUCAGCAGCAGCAGCAGCCCGGUGGGCCGAUGUCCCAACCCGGAUUACAGCAGUCCACCUCAUUGCAACAGCAACAACAACAACUGAGCCAACAGCAAGACUUCGAUCCAGUCCACAGGUUUAAGAUGCUUAUUCCACAACUGAAAGAGAGUCUACAGAAUGUAAUGAAGGUUGCAUCCCUGAAUUUGGCCCAUAACACGUCAAUUGACAACGGCAUCAAAAGCAGCGACACAUCUGUCCAGCGCUUUGACAAAAGCCUAGAGGAGUUUUAUGCCCUUUGCGAUCAACUGGAACUGUGUUUGCGGCUGGCAUACGAGUGCCUCUCCCAGAGCAUUGACAGCGCCAAACAUUCACCCAACCUGGUCCCAACUGCCACCAAGCCAGACACAGUGCAGACAGAGUCCAUGUCUUAUGCCCAGUACCUCGGCAUGAUCAAGUCUCAGAUUUCCUGCGCCAAAGACAUCCACAACGCUUUGCUGGAGUGUUCCAAGAAGAUCGCAGGAAAGGGUCAGCCUCAGGGAAUCAUGUAGACCUGCACCUGACGAUCCCACCGCUCUGCAUCUGGGGACUUUUUUGAGAAAGAUGAUGGGCUUUCAUAUUUGGGGCUGGCCCAUGUUCAGAACUCAUUUUUGUGCUACAUUGGUCAAGAUGCUGUUUAAUUUCUCAAGAUCCUGUAUAUUUGGUUAAGAUUUUUAAGUAAGUUAUGUUUCCUAUCAACGACGUGUAAAUAUUCCUGACAGAAAGUCAUGUGGUAAGAUGACCAGCAGGUGGUGGCAGAGUUGUAACUGCCAGCUCAAUAUUCACAGGUCUUUUGUAGCCUAUUUGUAUUGAAUAUUAAAACCUUUCUACUCAUACUAAUGUUUUCUCAUAAUUCAAGAUGCACAAGGAACAAAGGACCUGGCUAUCAAUAACAUCGUAAACUGAUAAGGAGGAUGUAACGUUAGCAUGAUUCAUAAGAGCAAACACCCAUCAGUGGUGGAUGCAGGUGCUGUAGAGGCAGAUACAUGAGAAGAUUAUAAAAGAAAUCCUGCAGCUGAAGUUUCUUACAGCAAAGUCUUAAAUAAUUACUGGUUCAAUUGUGCAGAUGAAUUAACACCAUUUGAUUUUACUGUUUAUCUUGUCUGCAGUCAGUUUUUCUUUUUAAGAUUUAACACACUGAAGUAGAAGAAGGGAAGAAACCAUCAGACUCGAAUGGACGCAGUAAAGUGUAUUUUAAAUAAAAGCAGUCACAGACAUUGA